UGUGACAAACUCUGACAGCAAUGAAAGUACAUCAGUGAUGUAACUGUGUCUUGUUCUCAAAUCCUGUUCUCCAAACUCUCUCCGCUGCAUGUUCAGUUCUUUCCACGACCACAAGGAUGACCUCCGAAAGCGCCUGUCGUACACCACCCACAAACUAGAGAUGGUGGAGACGGAGUUCGAUUCCACUCGGCAGUACCUCGAGACAGAGCUGCGCCGGGCCCAGGAGGAACUGGAGAAAUUUACAGAGAAACUACGCAGGAUCCAGAGUAGCUAUGCAGCUCUUCAGAGGAUCAACCAGGAUUUGGAGGACAAGAUGCACAGGACGUCCCACCACCAUGAAGAGGAAAAGAGAGCCCUCAGUCGAGAAAUCAUUGUCCUCAACAACCACCUCAUGGAAGCGAAAAUCACCAUCAAUAAACUCAGAGAGGACAACGACCUGUACAGGAAAGACUGCAACCUGGCAGCUCAGCUGCUGCAGUGCUCCAAGUCUCCCUACAGAGCACACAAGAUGUCUGAGCUGCCGCUGGAUUUCCAGGAACGUAUCAGUUCCCACAUGGAGAAACAUAAUCGGGGUAGCGGAGCCACCAUGGCAAUGUGCCACUCCAAUUACUCCGACGCCGUGCCCACAGCCAUAAUUGGCAAGGUCCUGGAAAAGCCAGAACCAGGAAACAGUUGCCCUGUAACACGCUCCCCCAGUCCCCAGCCACAGGAUGUAGACUUUCUUACAGGAACAGGAAGCACUGAUCACCUGAACCGCCGCAUUGCGUAUAAGACCUCCGACCUGUACUGCAGCGAUACGGCCCUCUAUUGCCCUGAACGAUGGCAAGAUACAGAGCGCAGGCAGAGCGUCGACCUCCACGGCACCAGCCUGCUCCAGCUUCAUGCCCAGAACUCCACUGACAGCAACCCCGAUGAAGAUGCCUACCACUCUGCAAGUUUCUCCCAUCAUGAGCCUCCAUCCUCCUUCCACCACCACGAUGAGUUUGGCGCCGGUAGCCUCCCUGCCUCCAGUUCCUACUCUAGCUUCAGCCUUGCAUCGGACGAGAAGGGAGGAGUUAGUGGUAGUUGUGCGCGCACUGCCAGCAGCACCCUAUCCUCUUCCCACCAGGGUCUCUAUAUGGACUGGCGAGAUAGUGGCAGUGGGGACUAUGGGCGCAAAAGCAUGUCGUCUUAUGAAAAAGACAGCCCAAGCUUCCCCAAGUCCCUCAGCAUCCAGCAUAUGGUGGCCCCCAGGAGCCCUCAAAAGGGCACCUCACCAGCAUACACAAGGACGGCUUCGUGCUUUAGUGAACCAUACCAUUCCAGCACCCCCCGUCUAGCCUCCUCUCACAGCAUGGGGUCCACAACUGGACUGGGCCAGGCUCGUGGGGGAGCUCAGGACAGCCGAGGUGACAUCCAGAUCCCGGAUGAUGACCUAAGCAGCCGCUGGAGACAGCUCAGCGUGGAAGAUAUCAACACGUUCUCAUCUUCCUACCAGAACAUCACAGGACGGGUCUCUCCGUACAGUUUCUCUGAGCGCCACUUUGCCAUGGGCCCCUCCAGUAAGGUCAAGGGGUCUCUCUACAGCAGCUUCCAAGAAGGAGAUGACGUCUUCCACAGCCGCGUGCUGGACCAGUGUUUUGCAGCGGGUCCUCCUUCACCCAGCCGCAGUUCGAAACCUAUGGAGCAUCGUAAGCAGGAGAAAACGCCUGUGCUGUAUAGAGCCAAGGAUGACAGUCAGGACUCCGAGUGCAGUCUGUUCCUCUCAGGGAGCUCGAAAGAGAAAGAGAGCGGUGGGGGAGCAACGGCAGCAAGCAGUGCCAAGAAAGACUACGCAAAUCUGAGUGCAGACAGCUCGGGCGAGUCCUUACACCAAAGCUCCCUCGAAGCCUCAAGUCUUCAACACUACCCCAGCCCCCGACGCGUCCGGCCUCGCCCAAGCUCCAGUUCCGCUGUCAGUGUCGGCCCCGCACUCCCAAAGAAGACCUCUCCAAGAUACCAAAAAUUUGGCAGUACGGGACUGACGAGGAAGGACAGUUUGACCAAAGCACAGCUCUACGGUACCCUGCUGAAUUGAGCGGAGAAAUUCAUUUUAUGCAUGAUGAUGAUGAUAAUGAUGAUUCCUAACUUACGGUACUGUAUGUCUCAAAAACUCCCUGCAACACAUACUCGGUUUGAUGGGGUAUUAAGAUGUUGUUGUUUUAUGUAUCUCUUAGCCAAGGCACGUUUCAUGCAGUCUGCAACACUUUUUUAUAUUGUAUGUCAUGCAAUGGUGUAGCUACCUGAGACCAGCUAUUCAGUAUGUUUUCGUUUCAGUGAUGAUAAUUAGAGCCACCGGGAUAAAACCACGUUUGUCUAAGAAAUACAAACAUAGACCCGGUUCCAUGAACGUACUGUGCUAUUUGCUCCUUUUUUUGGUGUUAAGUACUGUUAGUAAAACCAGCAAAAGACCAUUGAUUUCUGCUCUAAUAUAUACAGUAAGGAUAAUGGACUAAAGCGUGUUUAAUGGGGUGACUUAAUUACCAAUGUUUGAGAGGGGGAAGUUUAUCCAUUAUGUAUAGUGGACCCUGCUGACGGCAAGCAGUAAAAGCUGUGUUCAUUCGCUAUUUUCACUUAAUCAGAAUGCAUGCUGUAUAAUGCAUAUAAAUAAGAUGGAAAUGCACAUUCAUUUCCAGCUAAAUUGUUUCACAUAGGGACAUUAUCUGUAAUUGGCUAAAAAAAGAGCUAUUUAAAAAAAUGGCUUUUAUUCAAAUGCUAUGUUCUAUUUAUAGCAAGACACAAAAUUCAGACUGCAAGAGUUACUUCUUGAUACUAGAUUUCACACUUGUUAAUCUGAAAUUUUAAAACCCUUAUUUUGU